UACAGCACUGCUUGAAAAUUUUGAUGGUCCCACUGAUCCUACUAUUGAUUGAAACAAAAAUUUACGCAAAUAUAACAGGAGGAACGGAACUUUUGUAUUCCAAUGAAAAGUAAAGCAUAAAAUCCAUUGUGAAAAAUUGUGGGGUGGUGGGAGCAAAAGCAGAGCAGUGGCAAACGGAUACGAUACUCAAUAGGCCAUAGUAAAGAGAGCGAAAGGCAAGAGCAAGAGCAUGACAUGUAUUUGAUGUGUACUCAGCAGCGGCCGAAGAGAGCGCAUUAAGCAUACACGCACACAACUAUAAAAACUUGUGUGGGAGUACACACACACAACACACACGAAAGGAAGGAAACUGGGAUAGGAUACAACACAAAAAAACAGGAAAGGACGGACGGAAGGAAGGAGUACCUCUGCGAAAAGUAGGAUAAUCGCGAAUCGAAAUGAAUCCAGCGGUGGAUGCGUGGGCGGUGACCCAGCGGGAGAAGCUAAAGUACCAGGAGCAGUUCAAAGGCCUCCAGCCCCAGGCGGGCUUCAUCACGGGCGCCCAGGCGAAGGGAUUUUUCCUGCAGUCCCAGCUACCGCCUCUGAUCUUAGGCCAAAUCUGGGCACUGGCCGACACGGAUUCCGAUGGCAAGAUGAACAUUAAUGAAUUCAGCAUAGCAUGCAAACUGAUCAAUCUAAAGCUGCGCGGCUUGGAGGUGCCCAAAGCCCUACCCCCAACGCUUCUAGCCUCGCUCACCGAUGGCCAGAAAACGCCCACAAUGACGCCACGUGGCUCCACGAGCUCCAUGAGUCCACUCGAUCCGCUAAAGAGCAUUGUGGCUGCCACAGUUCCCCUUCCUGUGGCCGCACCUGUCGCCGUGCCGGUUGCUCCAGUGGCUGUGGUGCCAGCAGUAGCAGCGAUUGUCUCGCCAUCGGGACUACCGGCUGGGCCCACGCCGCCCUCCAGCAAUCCACCUAGCCGCCAUAUGUCCAUUUCGGAGCGGGCGCCAUCCAUCGAAUCACCUCAGGGGGAGUGGGCCGUGCAGGCUGCUCAGAAACGCAAAUAUACGCAGGUUUUCAAUGCCAAUGACCGGACCCGCUCUGGCUACUUGACGGGCGCCCAGGCGCGCAGUGUGUUGGUGCAGAGCAAACUGCCGCAGGUGACGCUGGCCCAGAUCUGGACACUCUCGGACGUCGAUGGCGAUGGGCGACUCAGCUGCGAGGAGUUCAUCCUGGCCAUGUUCCUCUGCGAGAAAGCCAUGGCCGGCGAAAAGAUACCCGUCACGCUGCCCUUGGACUGGGUGCCGCCCAACUUGCGCAAGAUUAAAUCGCGUCCGGGCUCGGUAUCGGCUGUGGUCUCGCGCCCAGGCUCACAGCCCGCCUCCCGGCAUGCAUCUGUGUCCUCCCAGGGCGGUGUGGCUGCAGGCGAUGCAGAUCCACUGGCCGGCUUGCCGCAAACUUCGUUUGAGGACAAGCGCAAGGAGAACUAUGUGAAGGGCCAGGCGGAGCUCGACCGCAGGCGAAAGGUGAUUGAGGAUCAGCAGCGCAAGGAGCGGGAGGAACGCGAGCGCAAGGAACGCGAGGAGACGGACAGGCGCGAGAAGGCUCGCCUCGAGGCGGAGCGCAAGCAGCAGGAGGAAUUGGAGCGCCAGCUACAGCGUCAGCGUGAAAUCGAAAUGGAAAAGGAGGAUCAGCGCAAGCGAGAGCUAGAGGCCAAGGAAACAGCCAGGAAAGAGCUGGAAAAGCAGCGCCAGCAGGAGUGGGAGCAAGCGCGAAUUGCCGAAAUGAACGCACAGAAGCAACGUGAACAGGAGCGUGUCCUCAAACAGAAGGCACACAACACGCAGCUUAAUGUGGAGCUGAGCACGCUUAACGAAAAAAUAAAGGACUUGUCGCAGAGGAUUUGCGACACACGCGCAGGCGUGACCAAUGUCAAGUCUGUCAUCGAUGGCAUGCGCACGCAGCGGGACACUUCCAUGAGCGAAAUGGCCCAGCUGAAGACGCGCAUCAAGGAGCAGAAUGCCAAGCUGAUGCAGCUCACCCAGGAGCGGGCCAAAUGGGAUGCCAAGAGCAAGUCCAGUGGUGCUGCCAUGGGCGGUGAGGCGCAACAGGAGCAGCUAAAUGCUGCCUUUGCCCAUAAACAGCUGCUGAUCAAUCAGAUCAAAGACAAGGUGGAAAAUAUUGGCAAGGAAAUCGAGUCCAAGAAGGAGGACAUCAACUCGAACGACGUGCAGAUGACGGAGGUAAAGGACGAGCUCUCCGGUCUGCUCGCCAAGUGCGAAGAACUCUACAAGGAGUACGAUGUGGAGCGUACCUCAGUGUUGGAAUUGAAGUACAACCGCAAGAACGAGGUGACAGCAGCCACCGCUGCUUGGGACACGGGCGCCUCUAGCGGCGGUUGGGGCGAGCCUGAAACAGCAGCCACCGAUGCAUAUGGUGGCCUGACCAAUGACACUAGCGCCGUGGCCGCAGCAGCUGUGGAUCUGAGCGGACCAGCGCCCGAGGGCUUUGCCAAAUAUCGCGCCGUCUAUGAGUUCAGUGCCCGCAAUGCCGAGGAGAUAACAUUCGUGCCGGGUGACCUCAUACUGGUUCCUCUCGAGCAGAAUGCCGAGCCGGGCUGGCUGGCUGGGGAGAUCAAUGGCCAUACCGGCUGGUUUCCCGAGUCCUAUGUGGAGAAGCUGGAGGAGGAAGAAGGAGUUGCCGUUGUUGCUUCGACCAUCGCGCCAGAGGUGAUCGAAGAGGCAGCAGCAGAAUCCGUAAAUCCGUAUCCGGCAGAUACUUACAAUGACAAUAUCAAUGUGGCUCCCGCAUUGGACGCAGACCUGGCCACCCCUGGCUCCGAAAUCGAGUAUUACAUAGCCGCAUAUCCUUAUGAAUCUGCCGAGGACGGUGACCUGAGCUUUGGGGCCGGUGAAAUGGUGAUGGUUAUCAAAAAGGAGGGCGAAUGGUGGACGGGCACCAUUGGCAAUCGCACCGGCAUGUUCCCCUCGAACUAUGUGCAGAAGGCGGACGUGGGCACGGCGGUCGCAGAUGCAGCUGCAGCUGUGACUGACUCGGUGGAUCAGGAGACUACACUAAACGGCAACUCUGCCUACGCUGCUCAAGCUGAAACAUAUGCGCUGCCACAGGCGCACGCUCAGGAACAGCUGCAGGAACAGCCACUUCCACAGCAGCUGGAGCAGCAGCAGCCCACAGUACAGCUGGCAGAGCAGACCGCAGCGGCGGAUGAGGCGCACGAAGACCUAGACACUGAAGUUUCCCAGAUCAAUACACAGUCCACGACACAAAGCAGCGAACCGGCCGAGAGCUAUAGCCGACCCAUGUCACGCACCUCUUCCAUGACACCCGGCAUGCGGGCCAAACGAUCGGAGAUUGCACAAGUGAUUGCGCCGUACGAGGCAACCAGCACCGAACAACUGUCGCUGACGCGCGGCCAGCUGAUUAUGAUUCGCAAGAAGACCGACUCCGGCUGGUGGGAGGGCGAGCUGCAGGCGAAGGGCAGGCGCAGACAGAUCGGUUGGUUCCCAGCCACCUACGUGAAGGUGCUGCAAGGCGGUCGCAACAGCGGACGCAACACCCCUGUCUCGGGCAGUCGCAUUGAGAUGACCGAGCAGAUCUUGGAUAAGGUCAUUGCUCUCUAUCCGUACAAAGCACAAAACGACGAUGAGCUCUCAUUCGAGAAGGACGACAUCAUCAGUGUGUUGGGCCGGGACGAGCCGGAAUGGUGGCGCGGCGAACUGAACGGCCUAUCCGGCCUGUUUCCCAGCAACUAUGUGGGUCCCUUUGUGACGUCCGGAAACGUAUAACGAGCCAUCGGCUUUGGCCUCUAAGCGGCAUAAUGCAUUCGCUUAAACACAAACGAAACAAAUCUACAAACACACACGAUCCCCCGGUGGGGGUCUGCGAUAAUGUUAAGAUCACCACAGACUAUACAUAUAUGUAGUCAGUCAGCAGCAUAUUCAUACGCCUCAAAGAAGGCUAUCCUCCCAUAAAACGUAUAGGAAAAUCUGUUUGUAUUCGUAGCUCUUUUGGGCGUGUUCUUGGGAUGUUCUCUAAAAAGAUGAUCCUUUGUUGAAACAAACAUUGCAAUUCGCUAAAAUUCAGCUCUAUCUCUCUGUCAUGUUCAUUAUCAACUAAACGAAAGAUACAACCGAAAUCAAGUAAGAAAGAGUCAUUUUAAUGGAUAUACUUACACGUAACAUAAUCUGCAUAUGGAAAUCCGAAAUACAUAUUGAUAUCAAAUCACAAUUAAAAUUACACUUUCGUUGUAUUAGAUGUGUGUUUAAAAAAAAAAAAAAAGAAACCAUAAGCGAUUAAAGUGUUUUUCCCUUCCCCCCCCUCAAAAAAAAGCUACAACACUUAUGCAUAUACUCGUAGAACGUAUACAUAUAACGAUGGUUUUCUGUGUUUUCCAAUAAUAUCCGUAUAUAAUUGUACAUAUAUGCAUUGGCUGAUUUGCUGUAUAAGUAAUGCGAGAAAAAAAACAGCAAAAAUAGGUGGAAAAUAAUUAUUGUUAACUAAAUAUUAAGCAUUGAUGAUCGACCAUUCUCUUGUACUCGUACUCGUAUCGAAAGGAAAACUAUGGAAAUAUUAAAGUUAAUGGGGAACGGAAAGGCUUACGGGCAACAGUAUUGAUAAUAUUAAUGAGAUAUAAUACGUUUGGGUGAACGGCUAUCCUAUGUUUAUGUUUGAUGUGUAAUCUAACUAAUUUUUUUUUAAAUUUCUAAGCGCUUCUAUCAACUGCCAUAAUUGUAUUUAUUUACUGUCUA